GUCGCUAUGAGUCAGAAUUGACUCAACGACAACAGGUGUCUUUAAGGGAGAUCAUGUGGGCUGGGGAUAAGUCUAGAGCCCCAACCCAGCUGCCAGAUAAACACAGGGCACCCAGUUAAAUUUGAAUCAGAUAAACAAGCAGAGUUUUCAGUAUAUAAGUAUGCCCCCAUGGUCGUUCUCUAUUUUUAUUUGCUACAUCAGACAACCCUAACUAACAUGAAGAGACUACACUGGACAAAGCAGAUACCUCGUUUGGAAGCAAUAAUAGCCUAACAUUUAAGAGCAUAACUCUGAGGCUAGGCUUCCUGGUUUCAAAUCCUGGGUCUACCACUUAAAAUUGUGUGACCUUGGGCUAGUUACAUAACCUCCCUGUGAGUUUGUUUCCACAACUGUAAAAUGGGUAUAAUAAUAACAUCAAUAGGGUAUUAUUAGUUUAAAUAAGUUACUAUUGCCUAUAAGCACAUUUUUCAUCAGGGUCUGUUUCCCCUUAGAAGCUCAGCUGUAUUUUCUGCAGCUGCUAGUUGGUUCUCUGCUUGCUCUUUGCCCACCUCUCAGCCCUGUCCCCUCUGUCCCCUUCCAGGCUCUUCUGUGGCGCUGAGAACAAUGGAAACCGCGGUAGACAGCGCCACCUUGAGUUGAAUUCCUCCCCUUUUGGAAGAAGCUGAUUUCUCCUUUCUUAUACCCGGGCCAGUUCUGGGCAACGGCUGCUAUUUUCACUUGAGCUCAAGUUAAUUUCUUGGGGAGCUUCCGGAGCGCUUGGGAAGGUCCCAGGCGCGUGGGCAGUUCACCCUGCGAUCUAGCUGUGGGCCCCGGCUCCAGCCGGCGUCUCCAAUGGUAAAUGUGUGGAGUUAGAGGCGAGAGCCCGGCUUUCAGCAAAGGCGGUCGGUGUUUGCAGACGCGGGCGACCCCUGUGAAAGGAAAUAAAAGAAAACAUUUAUUAACGUACCAUUACGAGGGAGCGCCUGGGCCUGGGCUGUCGCACGCCCCGCGGAACACUUGGCUCCUUCCAGCUCGAAGGGAGGAGAAAAACAAAGCGAAAAAGAAGCAAGAAUCUCUUCGUUUGCAGCUGGGUGGACCUGAUCGGUGGCCCUCCUGACUUUAUUACAGUAUUUGACUGAUUAGAGAUGCCUCCCGCCCCCCCCCCCGUUGGUGUGGCGCGCGCGCACACACACACACACACACACACUCACGGUUCGGGCUCGCGUCCCUCCCUCCUUCCUAGCUCCUGGGUGAAUCCCACAUCUGUUUCAACUCUGCGCCGAGGGCGAGACCGGAGCGAGUGUGUGUCGGAUCCGUGAGUGAAGAGCAAGUGGGAAAAGAAACAAACUAUAACGCACAACUUCAGAUCCCCGCAUCCUGAAAGAAGCAACAGAUCAGCAAAAAAUGGCGCCCCCCAGCCUCCUGCUUUGCUUGCUCUCCACAACAGCUUUCUGUCUGCUGGGUGGAAGCUCCGCGUUCCUGUCCCACCACCGCCUGAAAGGCAGGUUUCAGAGGGACCGCAGGAACAUCCGCCCCAACAUCAUCCUGGUGCUGACAGACGACCAGGACGUGGAGCUCGGUUCCAUGCAGGUGAUGAACAAGACGCGGCGCAUCAUGGCGCAGGGCGGGGCCCACUUCAUCAACGCCUUCGUGACCACGCCCAUGUGCUGCCCCUCGCGCUCCUCCAUCCUCACGGGGAAGUACGUCCACAACCACAACACCUACACCAACAACGAGAACUGCUCCUCGCCCUCCUGGCAGGCGCAGCACGAGAGUCGCACCUUUGCCGUGUACCUCAACAGCACGGGCUACCGGACAGCUUUCUUCGGGAAGUACCUUAACGAGUACAAUGGCUCCUACGUGCCCCCUGGCUGGAAGGAGUGGGUCGGACUCCUUAAAAACUCCCGCUUCUAUAACUACACACUCUGUCGGAAUGGGGUGAAGGAGAAGCAUGGCUUCGACUACUCCAAGGAUUACCUCACUGACCUCAUCACCAAUGACAGCGUGAGCUUCUUCCGCACGUCCAAGAAGAUGUACCCGCACAGGCCGGUCCUGAUGGUCAUCAGCCAUGCAGCCCCCCAUGGCCCCGAGGACUCAGCCCCCCAGUACUCACGCCUCUUCCCCAACGCAUCCCAGCACAUCACGCCGAGCUACAACUAUGCGCCCAACCCCGACAAGCACUGGAUCAUGCGCUACACGGGGCCCAUGAAGCCCAUCCACAUGGAAUUCACCAACAUGCUGCAGCAGAAGCGCCUGCAGACCCUCAUGUCCGUGGACGACUCCAUGGAGACGAUUUACAACAUGCUGGUGGAGACGGGUGAGCUGGACAACACCUACAUCGUCUACACCGCCGACCAUGGCUACCACAUCGGCCAGUUCGGGCUGGUGAAGGGGAAGUCCAUGCCCUAUGAGUUCGACAUCAGGGUUCCCUUCUACGUGAGGGGCCCCAACGUGGAGGCUGGCUCACUGAACCCCCAUAUCGUCCUCAACAUCGACCUGGCUCCCACCAUCCUGGACAUUGCAGGCCUGGACAUCCCUGCAGACAUGGAUGGGAAGUCCAUCCUCAAGCUGCUGGAAGCGGAGCGGCCGGCAAACCGGUUCCACUUGAAAAAGAAGAUGAGGGUCUGGCGAGACUCCUUCCUGGUGGAGAGAGGCAAACUGCUCCACAAAAGGGACAGCGGUGACAAGGUGGACGCCCAGGAGGAGAACUUCCUGCCCAAGUACCAGCGCGUGAAAGACCUGUGUCAGCGCACCGAGUACCAGACAGCCUGUGAGCAGCUGGGACAGAAGUGGCAGUGUGUCGAGGACGCCACGGGGAAGCUGAAGCUGCAUAAGUGCAAAGGCCCCGAGCGGCUCAGCAGUGGCGGCAGCAGAGCCCUCUCCAACCUGGUGCCCACGUACUACGGGCAGGGCAGCGAGGCCUGCCCCUGCGACCGCGUGGACUACAAGCUCAGCCUGGCCGGGCGCCGGAAAAAGGUCUUCAAGAAGAAGUACAAGGCCAGCUAUGCCCAUAACCGCUACAUCCGCUCAGUGGCCAUUGAGUUGGAUGGUGAGGUGUACCACGUGGGCCUGGAUGACGCAUCCCAGCCGCGCAACCUUACCAAGCGGCACUGGCCAGGGGCCCCUGAAGACCAAGAUGACAAGAACGGUGGGGACUUCAGUGGCACUGGAGGCCUUCCAGACUACUCAGCCCCCAGCCCCAUUAAAGUAACACACCGGUGCUACAUUCUAGAGAACGACACGGUCCAAUGUGACCUGGACUUGUACAAGUCCCUGCAGGCCUGGAAAGACCACAAGCUGCACAUCGACCACGAGAUCGAAACCCUGCAGAACAAAAUUAAGAACCUGAGGGAAGUCCGCGGUCACCUGAAGAAAAAGCGGCCAGAAGAAUGUGAUUGCCACAAAAUCAGUUACCAUGCCCAGCAGCACAAAGGCCGCCUCAAGCACAAAGGCUCCAGUCUGCAUCCUUUCAGGAAGGGUCUGCAGGAGAAGGACAAGGUGUGGCUGUUGCGGGAGCAGAAGCGGAAGAAGAAACUCCGCAAGCUGCUCAAGCGGCUGCAGAACAACGACACGUGCAGCAUGCCGGGCCUCACGUGCUUCACCCAUGACAACCAGCACUGGCAGACGGCGCCCCUCUGGACCCUGGGGCCCUUCUGUGCCUGCACCAGCGCCAACAACAACACGUACUGGUGCAUGCGGACAAUCAACGAGACCCACAAUUUCCUCUUCUGUGAAUUUGCAACCGGCUUCCUAGAGUACUUUGAUCUCAACACAGACCCCUACCAGCUGAUGAAUGCCGUGAACACGCUGGACAGGGAGAUCCUCAAUCAGCUGCACGUACAGCUUAUGGAGCUAAGGAGUUGCAAGGGUUACAAGCAGUGUAACCCCCGGACCCGAAACAUGGACCUGGGACUUAAAGAUGGAGGAAGCUACGAGCAAUACAGGCAGUUUCAGCGUCGAAAGUGGCCAGAAAUGAAGAGACCUGCUUCCAAAUCACUGGGACAACUGUGGGAGGGCUGGGAAGGCUAAGAAGUACCGAGAUGACCUCCAAACCUAGAGGGGCUUCAUGACUAGACAGCAAUGUACGCUGCACAAGCGGUGAAAACCACGUGUGAUUUCAAGCAGACCUGUGCUGCUAGCCAGGAGGCCUGAGACAGACCUUGCUUUCAAUCAACAUGGCAAAUUCUGGAGGAUAACCAUCAGGAGUAGAGCUACUUCAGGAAGUCCAUUUUUGCACCUGCUUUUGCUUUGGAUUAUACCUCACCAGCCGCACAAAAUGCAUUUUCCUAUCAAGAAGUCACCACUAACACUAACCCUCUCUGCGAGGCUCACAAGGGAAAAAGAACAGAGAGAAAUAUUUUCUUGGAAAUUUCCCCCAAGGGUGAAAGUCACUGGAUUUUUUUCUUUUUUUUAAAAUCAUAGGGGAACAACAAUCCUGUUUCAAAUCCUCUUACUCUUCUGGCUCAUCACAAAGGAACUAAGAAACAAGACAGAGGCAACUUGCAGAUAGAUGCUGGAAACAGUGCAAAGAUUUUGAUAAUGAGUCAAUAGCACAAAAAAAAGGGACCAUUUAUCUAGCACUAUAACCCUAGUUGCCUCUGAAGAAACGGAUUUCACUGUAUAUAUGUGACCAUUUAAAUGUAACCAACAUGGGAACUUUUAGGGGAAUCUAAUUAAGAAAACCCAAUUUUCUAGAGUGGUGAUGUCAAUAAACGCUGUGGCCAGUGUUAAGAAAACUCCUCGCAGUUGUAGACAUGUCUGUUCCUGCGCAGAUACCAUUUCUCUUGGUGUUCCUUUGUGAUCUGUCCUGGAACUGAUGUUUUUUAAGGUACUGAAAAGAAAUUAAGUUGAUGUAUGUCCUAAGUUUUAAUGAAAUUUUAUUUGUAAAGAAAUUUUGUAGUGUAUUGUCAUACAAUGUUCAAAACCCUAGCCAAUGACCAGCCGUCGGUAUGAAGCACCUUUGACGUUUUGUAAAAGGCCACUCUUGG